AGACUAUUGUUCGCACAUAUAAUUCAACGGCGUCUGGUUUAUAACAAACAUGAACCGUAAUAUGAUGCGUGGACGCGGUCGCGGCGGAGCCUCCAAUUCUUUCGUAUCAAGUCAUAUGCGAAAUUUGAACACUGAGAUGGAGUUGUUACAGAGAAAACGAGAAGCUCUGCAAUAUGAACAGCAGAGGCUUGUUAAUGAUCGAGCCAACAUGAGGAAGAGGCCGUAUGAAAGUGAUGUGCCCUCCCGGAGUUUACCAUAUUACCAAACCCAAAGCAGCGUUCAAAAUUUUUCUCAUCUUUAUGAUGAUGGUUCUGAACGUAGCUUUGGCGCUCCGCAACCGAAAAGACGUGCCCCAGUCAAUGUUUGGGAUGAUAAUAGGUUCAAUGUCAACCAAAGUUCUGUUCCUCAGCGACCAGGAUCAUAUGUCGCUCCGAAUCCUCCAAACAGAGCACAACCGAUGCCUCUUAUGGGCGUCUUGUCAAAACCAGUAGGUCGCCGAGUGAUAGAUAUGCCCCUCAAAAGGCUCAGAUCUAAAUUUAUCACAGGGACACAAUUUACCUCUGCCCCUGUGCAAGUGAAGACCAAACCCAUGCAGUUGCCAGUUUUACGUGCAACUGAAGAACCUAAUAACCAACUGCACGGUCGGUUAGGGUUAGCUUUGGGCAUGAUCAUUAAGAAAAUGAAGGAAGAAUAUUGUGUUAGUAAAGAAUCUACUGAGUUUUUCAAUACUAAACAUAUGCAACGCUACAUGAGAAAAACUAUUCGUGAACGGUUGACGAUUAUCAUGCUCAACAAACCGGUGGGAAGGUCUGAUGAAAUAGUGGCUGAAUAUCGCAAGGUAUUCCCACCUCAUACUGACAAGCAUAUUUUGGAUAAUGCUAAUGUCAAUGCAGAUUUCGACAAAUACUUGAAAUUCAAUAUCUCCAGAAUCAUGACAGAUAAAUUGGGUGAGCUAUUAGAAAAGAUGAAACAAUUGUGUGAAGGCAAAGAUGUUGAAGUUAGAAAAUUAAUAAAGCCGCUAGCCAGUGCAUCAUCUGGUGAAGAAAAAAUUGAAACAAAUAAAGAUGUUAAAUUAACUCAAGACUAUAUGAAUGCAUUGACUGUCGCAUUGAUUGAAGAAAAUUUACCUCAACUUCUACCUAAAUACACUCAGAGAAUUAUAAAGAUGUUGAAUCUUGAAACCGAAGUCACAAACUUUUUAGAUAGAAAUAUGAGAGGAAAGCAUUUGACGAGGAAUGAAAAGAAAAAACAAGCAGACCCUACUAUUACUGAAAAUCUAGAUAAUGAUGAGGACAUAUCUGUAGUCAAAAUUGAAAACAGAGAAACAAAUGAUGAUCCUAUAGAAAUAAGUGAAGAAGAUACACAAAAUGAAAUAGAUAAAGAUAUAGAAAAUGGAGAUAAUCUUGAUAAAACGAUUGAAGAGCCAAAAUCAGUGGAAUCUACAGAGAAAGCAGAGUCUGCUCAACUGGCAACACCGAAAACUCAACAAUACUUUGUUAAGGUACUUGGUCAACCAUCUCUGCCAAAUAGAGCUGAUGCAUACAAAUUUUUCUCGUCACUCAAUGCAGUGACAAUUAAGAAACAUAAGGUGAUUCAAAAUCUGCUAGUUGUUGGAUUUGAUAAUGAACAAGACUAUGAGAAGGCGGUUGCGGCCAGUGACACUGUUGUUGGGAAUUGCAAACUUAUAAUAAAAACAAAUGAUAAGCAAGCACUGAGCACUACAACAACUCCCAGUAAGGAAAAAACGGAAUCUGAUAAAUCUGAAGCUAUGCUGAGCCCAGAUCUUGAAAAUCAAAUAACUGACCUUCUUUCUACAAUUAAACGAGAACAGGCGGAUGCAAUUGAAAAUACUGAAUCAUCCAAUUCUGAACAGGCUAAUACUGAACAAUCUACUACUGUACAGUCUAAUACUGAAAAAACUGACGCAACAGUAAAAGAGGAAAAUACAACCACCGUUAAUGAAGCAAAUGGUGAUAACACCGUUGAGGAGAAUUCUCCAAAUAAAGAGCUUGAUGAGGCCAAAAACUUAGAUACAAUACAAGAAGUUGAUGAAAGUAACACUGAACCAAAAACAAAUAUAGCCAACGUUAAAAAUGACACUGGUAAAGGUACGCCAAUGAAAACACGGCAAAGUGUUGCCACACCUAGAACGAUUCGCACCAGGAGAUCGAGCAAACUGGAGCAACAAAACAAUUAAAAUUAUUGUUAUCUAAAUAAUUAAAUUAACUUUUAACUUUAUCAACUAAAUCCAUUACUGCUCAAUAUCCAAUAA